AUGGCGCCCCAUUCCUCCCAGUCGUCCACCGAGCCAUCUCCGUCUUUGAAGCGGAAGCAGGCCAGUAUUUCGAGCUUCUUCUCCCAGAAAACUCCAGCCUCGCAACGUACCACGUCCAAUCACCCUGAACCCGCCCAAGAGAAGGGGCCCAAGAAACGGCCCGCAUCGCCAGACGAACCGAGCCACAAACCAGCAAAAGAAGAUCCUAUACUCGAGGAGGAUGAAGAUGAAAAUGAUGAUGAGAUUGUGACACCGGCCCCGAAACGCGCCAGGACCAACGGCGCCACCACAGACGAGCUGAGCCAAAUCUCCACCAGUGUGCAUUUCGAGCAGCCUUCACAGCCCAGCAGCAGCCAGCUUACGGAUUUGUUCAAGUUUCAAAGCUCUCCUGCGGUUGCUCCAGAAUCUACAGAAGACCAACCGGAGCAGCCCCAGCGGGGCAAAGAAAAAGAGAAACUACACCAGAAGUUUGUCCGUAAGCUCGGUGGAGCGGACUGCUUGAUUGGGAUCGGAAGGAGUGUGGCCAACGAUGCUGCCGGGGAUCAGGAGGAGGCCGCGGAAGAAGAAGAAGACGACGAGCCGGCCCCACCACCAACCAAAGGAAAAGGAGCCGCGAACAAGGGCGGGGCCAAGCUCACUCCGUUGGAGAGGCAGGUCAUUGAGAUCAAGCGCAAGCAUAUGAAUACCGUGUUGGCAAUUCAAGUCGGGUACAAGUUUCGGUUUUUCGGCGAGGAUGCGCGCACCGCGGCGAAAGAGCUGAAUAUCGUCUGCAUACCGGGCAAGUUCCGAUUUGACGAACAUCCGUCCGAGACACACCUCGGCCGCUUUGCUUCUGCUAGCAUUCCUGUACCCCGGUUACAUGUCCAUGUCAAGCGCCUCGUUACCGCGGGCCACAAGGUCGGGGUAGUGCGGCAGAUCGAGACGGCUGCGCUCAAGGCUGCGGGCGAUAAUCGCAAUGCGCCCUUUGUUCGCAAGCUGACAAACCUGUACACGAAGGGGACCUAUAUCGACGACAUGGAGGGGCUUGAAGGCCCAGCUCCGGCCGCGGGCGGUGCGUCGCCGGCUACGGGGUACAUGCUCUGCAUUACAGAAACCAAUGCCAAGGGCUGGAACACUGACGAGCGAGUUCAUGUGGGGAUUGUUGCUGUCCAGCCAGCCACGGGAGAUGUGAUCUACGACGACUUUGAGGAUGGAUUUAUGCGCAGUGAGAUCGAAACAAGACUGUUGCAUAUCGCGCCCUGUGAGAUCUUGAUUGUCGGUGACAUGUCGCGGGCCAGCGAGAAGCUUGUUCAGCAUCUUUCAGGAAGCAAAACCAACGUCUUUGGGGAUUCGGUCCGGGUUGAACGGGCCUCAAAACCGAAAACCGCCGCCGCCGAGGCGCACAGCCACGUUUCGAGCUUCUAUGCCGGCAAGAUGAAAGCUUCCAAUGCGGAGGAAGAUGCGCAGGCUGCCAAGCUGCUCCAGAAUGUGCUGGGCCUGCCAGAGCACGUUACCAUCUGUUUGUCUUCCAUGAUUCACCACAUGACAGAGUAUGGCCUGGAGCAUGUUUUCGACUUGACGAAAUACUUCCAGCCAUUCUCGGCUCGCUCACACAUGCUUCUCAACGGUAACACGCUGGUUAGCCUGGAGAUCUACCAUAACCAAACCGAUUACUCUGCAAAGGGUAGUCUGUUUUGGACGCUGGACCGGACGCAGACACGGUUCGGGCAGCGGCUGUUGCGGCGCUGGGUGGGUCGGCCUUUGCUCGACAAGGCACGGCUAGAAGAAAGAACCAAUGCCGUAGAAGAGCUUACCAACCCUGCACGGACGGUCUCUGUGGAAAGGGUGAAGGGAUUGCUGGGCAAGAUUAAGAGCGAUCUGGAGAAGAGCUUGAUUCGGAUUUAUUAUGGGAAGUGCACACGGCCUGAGCUCCUCACCGUUCUGCAGACCAUGCGAAUGAUCGCAAUGGAGUUUUCGGAUGUCAAGUCCCCCUCCGACACGGGCUUUGAAUCACCACUGGUCAGCGAGGCUAUCGCCGCUCUCCCAACCAUUCAGGCAGAUGUCAUUCGGUUCUUGGACAAGAUCAACCUCCACGCCGCGCGGAGUGAUGACAAGUAUGCCUUUUUCCGCGAAGAAGAAGAGACCGAUGAGAUUAGCGAACACAAGCUGGGAAUAGGCAGCAUUGAACAUGAGAUACAAGAGCACCGCAAUGAAAUCGCAGAACGUCUCGCGAAGAAGAAUGCGGAGUACAAGACCAUCUCCGGGAUUGAGUACUUGAUCGAGAUUGAGAACAGCUCGGCACACAUCCGACGUGUCCCAGCAUCGUGGGUUAAAGUUAGCGGAACCAAGAAGUUCUCGCGGUUCCAUACGCCGGAGGUAAUCCAACUAACCCGGCAACGGGACCAGCACAAGGAAGCCCUUGCAGCAGCUUGUGACAAAGCCUUUGCAUCUCUCUUGGCUGAGAUCGCGACGCAAUACCAGUCUUUCCGGGAUUGCGUCCAGUCCCUUGCAACGCUGGACUGUCUUCUCUCUCUUGCAACCAUCGCCCAGCAACCCGGGUACAUCAAACCGGAGUUCACAGAGGAUGCAGGCCUGCACGUCGAGCAGGGCCGCCACCCGAUGGUCGAGCGACUCCUGCCAGACACAUACGUACCCAACGACACAGACCUCCAGCACGACGCCACACGCGCCCUCCUCAUCACAGGCCCGAACAUGGGCGGUAAAUCUAGCUACGUACGACAGGUAGCACUGAUUGCAAUCAUGGGCCAAAUUGGAUCCUACGUACCCGCGGCAUCCGCACGAUUGGGCUUGCUAGACGCAGUCUUCACCCGCAUGGGCGCCUUCGACAACAUGCUAGCAGGCGAAUCGACCUUCAUGGUCGAGCUCUCCGAAACCGCCGACAUCCUCAAGCAAGCCACGCCGCGAUCGCUGGUGAUCCUCGACGAGCUGGGCCGCGGCACCUCGACGCACGACGGCGUCGCCAUCGCCCAGGCCGUGCUGGACCAUAUGGUUCGAUCUAUCCGCUCGCUCACCUUGUUCAUCACCCACUACCAGCACCUGUCCCGCAUGGUGCAUUCUUUCCCCGACCACGCCUUGCGCAACAUGCACAUGCGCUUCACCGAGUCUGGUGAGACGGACGGCAACGAGGAGAUCACUUUCUUAUAUGAGGUUGCUGAGGGCGUCGCGCACCGCAGCUACGGGCUGAAUGUCGCCCGUCUGGCUAACUUGCCGUCCUCGGUGCUGGAUCUCGCGCGCCAGAAGAGUGCUGAGCUGGAGGAGUCGAUUCGUCGGAAGCGUCUGGCUGCGCUGGUGGGUGCUGUUGGUCGCGUUCUUGACGAGUCCAAAGAAUUUUCUGUGGAGGCUUCGAGAGGUGCUAGUGAGGGGGGUCUUCUUGAUCGGCUUGUUGCUAGUGCUGAGCAGUUGUAG